UCACUCCUCUAACUGCACAUCGCUCGUCAUAUUUUGUUGAUAAAUGGAUCGAUCUCUCCUCCAUUCCAUUGACACACAUCACUCCACUACUAGCUGCUGAACUGAAGCGGCAUCCCGUGGCCGACGACGAUGCACGCGCCGAUGUUGAUCCUCCUGCUGUCGAUGGCCGUGGGGGGCGCAGCUGGCAUCGGCGUCACCUACGGCAGGCGAGCGACGAGCCUCCCGCCGCCGGCCGACGUCGCGCGGUUCCUCGCCCGCGGCACCGUCCUCGACCGCGUGAGGCUCCUGAACGCUGACCCGCUCGCCCUGCGCGCCUUCGCCGGCAUGGGCCUCGCCGUGGACGUGACCGUCCCGAACGCCCUCGUCCCGCGCAUCGCCGACAGCGUCGCCUUCGCUCGACAGUGGGUGCGCGACAGUGUCGCGCCCCACGCGGCGGCCGGGACCAACGUGUCGCGGAUCCUCGUGGGCCGCGACGUCAUCUCGCAGGCCAACCGCACGCUGCUGCUCUGCCUCGUGCCGGCCAUGCAGAACCUGCACACGGCGCUGCUCGCCACGUCGCUGCACCGGCGGAUCAAGGUCUCCGCCGCGCACUCCCUCGGCGUCCUGGCCGUGUCCACGCCGCCGUCCGCCGCGCGGUUCCGCGAGGGGUACGACGCCGCCGUCGUCAAGCCGCUCCUCGCCUUCCUGCGCGCGACGGGCGCGCCCUUCAUGGUGAACGCGUACCCGUUCUACGGCCUCACCAGCGACGCGGGGCUCGACUUCGCGCUGUUCAGGGUGAGCGCCGAGGGCGUCACGGACGCCGGCACCGGGCUGGUGUACACCAACGCGCUGGACGCGCAGCUCGACGCCGUGCACUCGGCGAUGAAGCGGCUCGGCUUUGGCGACGUCGACGUCGUCGUGGCCGAGACUGGGUGGCCGUGGGCCGGGGAGGACUGGGAGGUCGGCGCGGGCGCGGACCACGCCGGGGACUACAACAGGAACGCCAUCCGCCACCUCGGGUCCGGCGUGGGCACGCCGCUCAUGCCCAACCGCACCUUCGAGGUCUCCAUCUUCUCCCUCUUCGACGAGAACCUGAAGCCCGGCCCGAUGUCCGAGCAUCACUUCGGCCUGUUCCACGCCGACAUGACGCCGAUCUACGACGCCGGGAUCCUCACCGCUCCGGAGACCGUUGGGCCGGUGAGCGCCAAGGUAACACCGGCGUCGCCGGCGCCAGCGCCAGCGCCAGACGCGGGAGCGGCGGACUCGGGCGGGCGGCAGUGGUGCGUGCCGACGCCGGCAGCGGACGCGGCGGUGCUGCAGGAGAACAUCGACUUCGUGUGCGGAGGGGGCAUGGACUGUGGUCCGAUACGACCGGGCGGGCGCUGCUACGAGCCGGACACGGUGCAGGCCCACGCGGCGUACGCCAUGAACCUCUAUUUUCGGAGCAACGGGCAGCAUGCGUUCGACUGCGACUUCGGUCGCACCGGCGUCGUUACCACUGUUGACCCAAGUUUUGGAAGUUGCAACUUUACAUAAGGAGGCGUACUUGGCAAGAAGCAAGAGGACUUUGUCGUUGUGUUUGGUGCUCAACAAGUUUCUUAUGCAACUUUGUUUGUCAAAUUUAUUAAAGCCCUAUAUACCUACCUAGAAAGAAACAUUGCUGGUUGCGAUUACCGCUGGAUAUGGAAAGCACGUAUUCCUUUGAAAAUUCAAAUUUUCAUGUGGCAGCCAUCGCAAGAUGCGGUGCUGACCAGGGAUGUGAUGAAACGCCGAGGAUGGAAGGGGGAAUCCAAA